ACAAUUUGAACGGUUCAUUCGAUUUCGCAACACAACAUGGGCGACGACGCUUACCAGUUUUUGGCUCCAGAUUUACUCGCUCCUCCACCACCAGUCCAACAACCGCCAGCAGUUGCUCCAGGAGCAUCACGUCCCGCACCUGCUCCGUCGAAUGAGCUUCCACCCGCGUCGGAGGCAAAGAAAUUCCAAGUGCAACCGGCUAAAAAAGCAUCAAAAUCGAAGAGCAAAUCGAAAGACUCAUCGCCAAGCAACGGAAAGGAGAAGAAGAAGCGCACAAAGCGUUCGGGUGGCUCCAAAUCGAAAGAAUCUUCCGAGCCACCUCCAUCAUUGUCCGCCUUUAAAUGGCAAAUGGCAUUCAGUGCAUUUCUUGUCUUUAUUUCAGUUGCUAUCACUUUGAUGGUAUUGAUUGAUGGACUCAUGUGAUUGGAAUAAAGAUUGUAUGGAUUUUA